AUGUCUACUGAUCCCGUUACGUUCUAUGGGUUUACCCCUAUUGUUCGCGACCCGGAGAUUCUCUUCAAGGACCACCCCACAGCCUCCGGUCCCAAUCCAAAGCAGGACUUGUUCACUGCAGCUGACUUUCCCCUUCCUGACUCACCGGUUGUUCGUGAAGUGAAGGCGUUCGUGAGGAAAGAGCUCGAUGACCAAACUUACAACCACAGCCACCGGGUGUACAUCUACGGUGUGCCUUCUACAUCCCGCUCACAAGGAGUGUAUGUACUAAUCAUCGACGUUGAAGGCACUGCGCUUGUGAAGACGCACUUCCCCAGCUGGUCCUAUGACCACGAAACGUACUACCUUUCCUGCCUCCUGCAUGAUAUUGGCACGGCGGAGCGCUUCCUGGCAACGACUAAGAUGUCGUUCGAGUUCAAGGGCGCGAUCGUCGCGCGCGAUCUCAUCCUCCAGCAGGGUGGCGUGGAGGACCAGGCUGACAGCGUCUGCGAUGCGAUCAUUCGCCACCAGGACAUUUUCGUCACUGGCGGAAAUAUUACCAUGAUUGGCCAGAUCUUGCAGCUGGCGACUAUUCUGGACAACGUUGGAAUGCAAGUCCCUUCUCUCUUUAUACGGGAAGCAAACUAA